AUGGCUGGCGAUGUACAGCGUGAUAAGGCCCAUCAACAAUGGAAUUCACUGAAGGACGCAGUGUACACGAUAGAUCCAGUAAAAGGCCUUCCAGACAUGGUUUUCGUGUGUAAUGCCGGCCUAGCCUACGACAACAAAAUCUACUUGUCACGAUUCCGCCACAAGGAAAGGAGUGGAGAGCAAGAACAUUAUCGGAGAUGGUUCAAGGAGCAUGGCUUUGAUGUACUGGGAGAUAGCUAUCCCGAAUACUUCGAAGGCGGUGGAGAUGCGUGCUUCUCGACCUACGAAACGCUCUGGGCCGGCUAUGGACACCGGUCAGGCAAAAGUGCGUACGAACAUGUACAAAAGCUAGGAAAUUUUGAAACUGUACUGCUGGAACUCACUCAUCCGCGUUUUUACCACUUGGACACAUGUUUCGCGCCGGUCGAUGAAACAACUGCUCUCUGGUAUCCAGCGGCACUCUCAGAAAACGCCAGACGCGAGAUAACAAAGCGGAUGCCGGAUGUGAUAUCUAUAAGUGACGCUGAGGCGGACGCAUUCGUAUGCAACGCUAUCACAAUACGCAAAAUGGUAUUAUCACCAAAAGGAGUCUCCGCAGAAACGAAACACAGGCUCUCUAAGCGUGGAUUUGGGGUCAUGGAGUUCGAUAUGAGCGAGUUCAUGAAAUCCGGAGGGGCUUGUCAAUGCCUCAUUCUCAAGUUAUGA